AUGUCUGGCACAGGACCUCGAGAGAACAUAUUUCCGACGCGUAUGGCGCUUACGAACACCAAGCUUCGCCUGAGAGGAGCGCAGACAGGACACUCGCUCCUCGCCAAGAAGCGAGAUGCGUUAACGACCAGAUUCCGGGCCAUUUUAAGGAAAGUGGAUGAGGCGAAGCGAAAGAUGGGUCGAGUGAUGCAACUGGCGUCCUUCUCUCUCGCAGAAGUCACAUACGCAACAGGGGACAUCUCUUACCUUGUCCAGGAGCAAGCGAAGUCGGCAUCCUUCAAAGUGAAGGCGAAGCAAGAGAAUGUCUCCGGUGUCGUACUGCCUGCGUUCGAGGUGGUGAGGAUACCACGGAACGACUUCAAUCUCACUGGUCUUGGCCGUGGUGGUCAACAAGUACUGCGAGCGAAGGAAGUAUACGCUAAGGCAGUGGAAACCUUGGUGGAACUGGCAUCGCUACAGACCGCCUUCAUGAUUUUGGACGAGGUCAUUCGUGCGACCAACCGCCGUGUUAACGCAAUCGAGCACGUAGUUAUUCCUCGAUUGGAUAACACAAUCAAGUACAUCCUCAGCGAGCUUGACGAAAUGGACCGAGAAGAGUUCUUCAGACUGAAGAAAGUACAAGGCAAAAAGAAGCGCGACGCAGAAGCUGCGGAAGUACAGAAAAAUGCAAUCCAGCAGGAGGUCAUCAAUCCAGAGUUCGAGCCUGAGUUUGCGGGAGGCGGGGAUCUCCUGAGCAGCAAAGACGAAGACGUUAUCUUCUGA